GGUGGGCGUGAGAAACAUCGUAGUUCUCAACGAUUACGACUCGAUCAAAGAAGCGCUUCACAAGAAGGACUUGCUGUGGAAAGCCGAAGGCUUGACACGAUCGCCAAAAGUUGGACUAGUCACACCAAACGGGAAGACAUGGUUGGACAACCGGAAGUUCACGGUUCAGGCGCUUCGAGACCUUGGCCUAGGAAAGAAGUCCGGAGAGGAACGGGUCGCGGAACAAGUCCUCAAACUAGUCGAAGACAUCGGAAAGACAGCCGGAGCCCCCGUGAACUUCAGGAACCACGUCUGGCCGAGCGUGGCCAACAACAUAGGGUCGAUGCUGUUCGGCACUGCUUUUGGGCCCGAGGACCCCAGGCGCACAGCUCUGAACCUCCUGUUGCGGACGGGUUUGGAUGCCCUCGCCCAGGGUCCCAACUUCAGCGUUCUGCCUCCCUUGCUGGACAAGGCGUUAGCAAUGCUACCUUUCACAAGGGCCGGAAGGAUUAAGCGCAUCAUCUCUCAACUCAGAGGCUUUUGCAGCCUGCAGAUUGAUGAUCACGAAACUCACUUCAGUGAAAGCUCCGUGUGUGACUUCAUUGAUGAGUACUUUCUCAAGAUGAAGGCUCAAGAACAUGACCCCACCUCAAGCUUUACGAAACAUCAUCUACUUCAUUCUGUACUUGACCUUAUUGCCGGAGGAUCGAACCCGGUGAUGGUGAGCAUCUACUGGCACAUGCUCAACUUCGCCAAGCAUCCAGACACUCUGCAGGCGGAGGUGCAGAAAGAGAUUGACCUGGUGGUUGGGCGGGACCGCCAACCCAGCUGGGACGACCGCCACCGCAUGCCCUUGACCAUGUCCGUCAUGUGGGAGAUGCAUCGCUGGAGACUCAUCCUUCCCCUCGGAACACCCCGAUUGGCAGUAUGUGACACGGACGUCAAGGGAGUAACCAUUCCCGAAGGAACGGCGGUUUUUACAAAUUUCUGGGCGGUCCACACGGAUCCCAAGCUAUGGAAGGACCCCGAAGUGUUUGACUCCAAACGAUUCCUGGUCAAUGGACAAGACGCAACUCUGACCGCACCAGAGCACAUUCUCCAAUUUUCUCUCGGAAAGCGCAACUGCCCCGGUGAACUUCUGGCUAACACGCAGAUAUUUCUGUACGUCACGAGUCUUCUGCAGAAGUUCCGAGUUCUACCCGACCAUGGAGAGGACAUCAGCUUAGACCCUCAAACCGUCUUCAUCCUGAUGCCCAAGGAACAGAAACUUCGUUUCGUUCAACGAUAGUUUGUAACCAGCCACAUGCGUCUUGAACACCAUUUGUGCUUCACGGGUGAAGGCUGCUCAAUACACUUUGGAAUGUACGCGUCCAAACAUUAUGGACGACAAACGACAUGUUUUCCCUUCGAAAUUCAGUUUGCUUAAGAAGCAGACGGCAAAUAAUAAAGUCAUUCAUAUUUGAAAGUGA